GUGCUAUUGAUUCCAAUCUUCAUACCACAAUCAAUUUCUUAUCCUACCUCUAACAUAAGAACAACAAGAAUAAAAUAACCACGAUGGAUAAGUCCGACCUCCUAUUAUAUGCCAAGGAGUAUGCGACCACGCAGGAUCUGUACGAGCUUCUAGGUGUAACCUCUGACACGCCCAAAGAAGACAUCCACCGCGCUUGGCGCAAGCGCAGUUUGAAAUACCAUCCUGACAAAGCAGGAGCCAACUUCGACCCGGCGAAAUGGGAACUGUUCGAGCGAGCGCGGGACAUACUGUCCGACGCCCCAGCGCGCGAAGUCUACGACUCUCAACGGUCCGCCGCCCUCCUCCGCGAACAGCAGCGCCGCGCCAUGGACUCUAAGCGACGCGCGAUGGUAGAGGAUCUCGAAGCACGGGAACGCGGGGCUAUCAAGCGCCCGCGCGGUGAGGGCGAUGGCCCUACGAUGAGCGAAGCCGAGAGGAGACGACUAGUCGAAGCUGGAAAACGGCGUCUAGAAGAGAGGCAGAGAUUAAUUAGAGAAGCGGAGGAGAGGGAAAGGCAGCGAGAAAGAGAGCAAGCAUUGCAAGCAGGUAUAGAGAACCAGAAAAGGGUACAGCCGCCAAACCCCGAGGAACAAGGAGGCCAAAGAAAAAUACCAGAUAUUUCAAGUGCAGCUAAGUCGAAGAUGGAUAUCGACCCAGAGCCACCAGCGAAAAACGGCGACGGCUAUGACGAUCAGAUCGCGGACCUCGAGCGGCGACUAGAGGAGGCGCGGCAAAGGAAAGCAGCCAAGAAGGAAAAGAAGACGGGGCGGAAGAAUGGCGAUGAGAAGCACAAGACACAUGAGCUUAUACCUACUCCCGAUGCCUCUCGGGGACCACAAGCUGACGAAAAGAAAGGCACCUGCACUUCCACGUCGGGGACGACAAAAACCUUUUCCUUCUCCGCCUCUACAGGCACCUCUACGUCUACCAACGGCAAUACUACCACCGGCGGCAAGCCCCGAGCUAAAGGAGACUUCGCGUCGACAAUGGCUAGGCUGCGUGCCGCGCAGGCUGAGAAGGAGGCUCGGAAGAAAGCGGAAGAAGCUGCUGCUGCUGCUGCUGCUAAUGGUGUUGGCGCCUAGUUGAAUGACGUACAUCAAGUGUCCCUAUCUAGAUAGCUGCCACUGUUCUCUAUUUUGUCGCUACGUAUUAUGAUACCCCCGGUCGUUAUAGAAAGGAUCCUACUUGAAGUGCAUGUGUUAGAAUAAAGACGAUACAUUGAAGAUA